GUACCCAACGGUGCACAGCCAUCCACGGAUCCUACGCUUUUGGGUCUCUCAUCUUCCUUCAUUCUUCUACGUGGCAGGAUCUUGUAGAUCUUUCGAACUACCCCUAUCAAUACUUUGGUGAUGAAAAUGGUGAACUGUCUCUCUGUCCGUUAUAUAAAACGGCAGCUCUUGUCUUUUAAAAAAGUGAACGCUCUCUCUCUCUCUCUCUCUCCAUCUUUUUAGUUCCACCUUCUCUCUCUCUCUUUGUUCUAUUAGUAUAUCCUCCUCCUUGCAAAGAGACAACAGAAAGCAGCGAAUCUUCGAAGAGGAAGAAGAAGAAUGGCGGACCAACUCACCGACGACCAGAUCUCUGAGUUUAAGGAGGCCUUCAGCUUGUUCGACAAGGAUGGAGACGGUUGCAUCACUACCAAGGAGCUCGGGACUGUUAUGAGGUCACUGGGCCAGAACCCAACUGAAGCAGAGCUCCAGGACAUGAUCAAUGAGGUUGAUGCCGAUGGCAACGGAACCAUUGACUUCCCUGAGUUCCUAAACCUCAUGGCCAGGAAGAUGAAAGACACCGACUCGGAGGAGGAGCUUAAAGAGGCAUUCCGGGUUUUUGACAAGGAUCAGAAUGGGUUCAUCUCUGCUGCUGAGCUGCGCCAUGUGAUGACCAAUCUUGGAGAGAAGCUCACCGACGAAGAAGUGGAUGAGAUGAUCAGGGAGGCUGAUGUUGAUGGUGAUGGCCAGAUAAACUACGAGGAGUUUGUCAAGGUGAUGAUGGCUAAGUGAUCAAUCUUGCCUCCACCAAAAACCCUAAUGAAAUCUAUCUUUUUCUACAACCAAA